AUGAACGACAGGAGCAACCACAGGCAGGGAGAGUUUAUUUGGGUUUCACAAUUUGAGGGUGCGGUCCAUCGUGGAGAGGAAGGCAUGUGGCAGUGGGAGCUGGAGGCAGCUGGUCAUAGCAUGUGUCCCCUGGGAAGAACUGGGCUUGCUUUCGUGCCAUGGAGAGUGUUGGCUGUAGGAGCUGGGUUUGUUACCACCCGAGUCUACUCAGUGUGCGGUUGGCUGGUGGAGUUAAUUCCUGGCCGCACACGAGUGAUUAAUGGCAAGAUUCUGCUUGGGGGUCACCAGCAGAUGGUAAAGGCCACCGUCGGACACACCAGUGAGGAGUUUGUCUUCCUGGUGGUUUUGAAAGACCUGACAGGCUGGGCCCCUGGAGAGAAAGAUUUCUGUGCCUGGGUCUCAUGCCCAUGCUGUCUGUGGGAACUGGAGAGAGACGCAGCGGCAGCAACACCAUAUGUCCAGGCAGAUAACCCUCAGCCACACAGCUGUUGUGCAGAGAGCACGGGUCGAGGCGUUGCAGACAACCUGCAGAGGUUUUCUUCACUGCCUGCCUAUCUCCCAGCCAGCUUCCACGUCUCUGACGCAGAAGAGGCAUUCUUUCUCAAGGAGGCCAACCAAGACCUCAUGCGCAACGCCAGCCUGCAGGCCCGAUCCGCCACACUCUUCAUCCACCGAGCCCAGAGCCCUCCCGCCAUCAAUGCCAGCUACGGCCCCUUCUCUGUGGAGAAGACAGUGCCCUGGGACUUCCUGCUCACGCCCACCCCUUUUGGAAACAUGGAGAGGUUCCCUUUCAACUGGAGGCUCAAAUCCCACAUCCUCGACAGUUCCAUCUUUUCCAACAGACCCAAAGUGCAGACACUGUUCUAUGUCACUGGCAUGGGCUGGAAUGACAGUGACCCUGGGGAUGAUCUCCCCUGUGUCAAGAUGUUUGCUUUCCCAGAGGCCAGGGAGGUGGCGGCCAGCUGCCGGCUGCAGGGGGCCCCUGGGCUGUGUGUGGCGGAACUGGAGCUCUUGCCUGAGUGGUUCAGCUCCGGCCUGGACCUGGAACCCGAGGAGGAGAUCCCGGCACUGCUGGGUGGCACAGCCAUGGAACUCUUCUUUGCGCUUUAUCCAGCCAACGAGGCUGGUCAGUGCCCGCUGGAGGAUGAGGGCAAAUGGCAAAACAACAUCCACUCAGAGCAGGAGGAGCCUCAGCAGGUGCUCCCUGCCAGGGAGAGGAUUGGCAGUGUGGUGGUCUACCCUACCCAGGACGACCUGCGGUGGUCCUUGGUGAGCCUAGAUGACAAUAUCGCUCUCUCCAUUCCUCUGAACCUCAUCCGAGAAGCGGACACGGCUACCUUUUUGGUUUCUCUGGCCAGUGGCUCUGUGGCAGACCAGUUCACUCUUCGAAUCAAGGCGGCUGCGGGCGUGAAGAUAACAGCAGUGCGGGUGAGCAACGAGAACCAGUGGGCGGUGCAGGAGGACAUCGAGCAGGACGGUACACAGACCACGGCAGCCCUGUCCUGCGUGGGACACCACCUGGAAAAACAGAGCAGGGCAAAUGGCUCCUACUAUGAGAUUCUGCAAGUGGACUUUGGUGUUGACAACAGCAGUGGCCUGGCUGGGGCUCAGCAGAUCACCUGGCAGGUAGAAUAUCCGGUGGAAGACUCCAUGAGCGAGCUCUUCGUCUCUGAGAUCUUCAUCAGCCAGACGACCUUCGUGGGCAUCGUCCCUCUUGCCAUGGACACAGAAGUUUUGAACACCGCCAUCCUCACCGGAAAGCCUGUCUCAGUUCCCGUCAAGGUCGUGGGGGUUCAAGAAGAUGGAUCUGUGGUGGAUGUGUUGGAGUCUGUGGAAUGCAGGUCGGCCGAUGAAGAUGUCGUGAAGGUCUCCAACACCUGUGAUGCCAUCUUUGUGAACGGGAAGGAGAUGAAGAGCAAAGUGGGCACCAUCGUGAACUUCACCCACCAACAUUUCACCUCUCAGGUGGAGGUCACCGUCUGGGUGCCCCGCUUGCCACUGCAGAUAGAGAUCUCAGACACAGAACUGAGCCAGAUCAAGGGCUGGAGGAUCCCAGUGGCCUCCAACAGGAGGCCCACCCGGGAGAGUGACGAUGAGGAGGACGAGGAGAAGAAGGGGCGAGGGUGCACCCUGCAGUACCAGCAUGCCCUGGUGCGAGUGCUCACCCAGUUUGUAGCCGAGUCACCUGACCUGGGUCAGCUGACCUACAUGCUGGGCCCUGACUGGCAGUUUGACAUCACCGACCUUGUAACCGAGUUUGUGAAGGUGGAGGAACCAAAAAUUGCCCAGUUACAAGAUGGCAGGAUCCUGGCAGGGCGGGAGCCGGGCAUCACUACUGUGCAGGUCCUCUCGCCUCUCUCUGACUCCAUCCUGGCUGAGAAGACAGUUAUCGUCCUGGAUGACCGUGUCACCAUCACAGAACUGGGUGUGCAACUGGUGGCCGGCUUGUCCCUGUCCCUGCAGCCUCACAAAGCAGACAAGAGGGCCAUCAUCUCUACAGUGGCUGCACAGGAUGUUCUCCAAGCCCCACAGCAGGAAGCCAUAGUCAGUUCCUGGAUUUUGUUCAGUGAUGGCUCAGUAACACCUUUAGACAUUUAUGAUCCCAAGGAUUUCUCACUGACCGUUUCCUCCUUGGAUGAAAUGGUGGUAUCUGUCCAGCCAAACCUUCAGACCAGAUGGCCAAUUAUAGUUGCUGAGGGUGAAGGACAAGGGCCCCUGAUCAAGCUAGAAAUGUCAAUCAGCGAAUCUUGUCAGAAGAACAAGAGGAAGAGUACUCUUGCUGUGGGUAAAGGAAGUGUCAAGGUCAGAUUUGAACCUGGGAUGCAUGAGCAGCAAGGAGGCAGCAAUGACAUCGAGGGCAUAAACCGGGAAUACAAAGGCCACCUCAGCAAUUCCAUAGAGCGCGAGGGAAGCCAGGAGCGAGCCGCCCAGGAGUGGUUCCAACAUGGUGCACCAGUUGGCCACGAGGACAGGACCAACAAAAGCACAACCCCACAGUCUCCCAUGGGAGGAAAGCUGCUCAAAGGCGGAGCGGAUGCCUUCACAAGCUUCCCCACUCAGGGGAAGUUACCAGAAUCCAGUAACCCUGGCGACCUCACAAUGACCUCCAGGGGCUUAACAGAUUUGGAGAUUGGCAUGUACGCCCUGCUCUGUGUUUUCUGUCUGGCCAUCUUGGUCUUUCUGAUCAACUGUGUGGCCUUUGCUUGGAAGUAUAGACACAAAAGGUUUGCAGUCAGUGAGCAAGGCAACAUUCCCCAUUCCCACGACUGGGUCUGGCUUGGGAAUGAGGUAGAACUUCUGGAGAACCCCGUGGACAUCACUCUCCCCUCGGAGGAGUGUACAACCAUGCUUGACAGGGGCCUGCAGUUCGAGGAGAGGAACUUCCUGCUGAAUGGCAGUUCCCAGAAGACUUUUCACAGUCAGCUGCUUAGACCUCCUGACUAUGUGUACGAGAAGGAGCUGAAAAAUGAACCCAUGAGUUCUUCCGGCCCCAAGAGGAAGAGAGUCAAGUUUACUUCCUACACCACCAUCCUCCCCGAGGAUGGGGGCCCGUAUACCAACUCCAUCCUGUUUGACAGUGAUGACAGCAUUAAGUGGGUCUGCCAGGAUAUGGGGCUGGGGGACUCACAGGACUUCAGAGACUACAUGGAAAGACUACAGGACCAGAUGUAAAGACCUUUCUUAUGUUUGUAUUCACCUUAUGCCUUCUGUUUUCUGGACGGUGGAGCAGUGGGUCUGAUCAGCAAUAGGGGGUGACUCCAUAAAGUGUCAGGGUGGGAGUCUGGAGGGAUCCCUCUGGGAGUGGGUACCAGCAGUCUAGAGAACCGAGGCUCCAGCUGGGCAAUGUCUACUAAACAGUGGCUCCCAGGGAUGUGAGUCACCCAGAGGCAGCAGCCUAGCAGUAGGCACAACCCCACAGACACUGUGAGUCACCUCAUGACCAAUGGCCGUGUGUAAUUAGGAAUGUUCCGGAUGGUGGUUUUUCUAUUCCUAGCCCUUUUAAAGCACAGUGGACGCUCAUUGAGCGUGGCCUAAGUUCGGAUCUCCGUGGCGGAAGAUUGACUGAAUGUAGCUUCCUUAGUUGUCGGGAGUGAGGCUCAUUAUUUUUAUAUACAUUUGGACUUGUACCUGUUCUUUUGACCUUACAUUUUUCGAGGGGGAGGGGUGGUUUCAGAAACACAUAAAGGAGAAGUAUGUCUGAUGUUCUUCCUGUGAGUUUUAUUCUGUGGGGCUCAUCAUGUCCUGCCAUUUCUGGGUCUUCACACCGGAUGUCAUUUUUUUAAAAAGACUUUGUUGCUGGGGACAGUGUUUAAGCGACAUGUCCUCAUGCUUGUGUCUUUCUUGCCAUUGGACACUCUUAUAUAUCUCAGUGGCAAAGGUCUCACUGAAGACACAGAAGAGAGAACUUUUUGUUCCCUUUUUUCCCAUAUGAAGUUUAACAAAUUUGGAGAAAGUUGUGUCACAAACAUCUGUUUUCAUUGUCGGCUUGUUAGUUAUUUCCAGAUCUCCUGGGGAUGCAGGUCUGAGGGCAGAGAGGCUCCAACAUCACAGUAGGGAUAUAACUCCUUUGUGCUCAACACAGUGUAUUAUUCAAACUAAAAUAAAAGGCAGGACUAAAGGGCUGGAGAGGUGGCUUGGUAGUUAUGAGCACUUGUUGCUCUUGUA